CUCGGGGCUUCUCAGAGCCCCGCUCUUCCCCUCCCAUCCCCCCCCACCCCCGUCGCUUCCUCCUCCUCUCUCCCCAUGGCCGGGUCGGAGCAGCAGCCGUCUCGGCGGCGCGAGGAGGAGAGCGAGCAGGACUCGGCGGCCGCGGCGCCCCUGCACGAUGCCGAGCUGGCCCUGGCCGGCAUUAACAUGCUGCUCAACAACGGCUUCCGAGAGUCGGACCAGCUCUUCAGACAAUACAGAAAUCAUAGCCCACUAAUGAGUUUUGGAGCCAGCUUUGUCAGUUUUUUGAUAAGGAAACUGAGGGAAACGAAAUUAAAUGACUUGCCCAGGAUCUCACAGCCAAAUGCCAUGAUGACAUUUGAGGAAGAAAAAAUGCAAUUGGCAUGUGAUGACUUAAAAACGACAGAAAAACUAUGUGAAAGUGAAGAAGCUGGGGUUAUUGAAACAAUCAAGAAUAAGAUCAAGAAGAAUGUUGAUGCCCGAAAAUCUGCACCAUCUAUGGUUGAUCGUCUUCAGAGGCAAAUAAUUAUAGCAGACUGUCAGGUUUACUUAGCUGUACUUUCUUUUGUGAAACAAGAGUUGUCAGCAUAUAUAAAAGGUGGGUGGAUCCUUAGAAAAGCCUGGAAAAUCUACAACAAGUGCUAUGUAGACAUCAAUGCCCUUCAGGAACUGUAUCAGAAAAAGCUAACUGAAGAGCCUUCAGAUGCUGCAAAUGAUAAUCACAUUGCUGUGGAAGGGGUGUCAGAGGAAUCUCUAAAUAGACUGAAAGGGGCUGUUAGCUUUGGAUAUGGACUAUUUCAUCUUUGUAUAUCCAUGGUACCCCCAAAUCUCCUCAAAAUCAUCAACUUACUGGGUUUUCCUGGAGACCGGCUACAGGGCCUUUCUUCAUUGAUGUAUGCAAGUGAAAGUAAGGACAUGAAGGCUCCUUUAGCUACAUUAGCUCUGCUAUGGUAUCACACUGUUGUUCGUCCUUUCUUUGCCUUGGAUGGCAGCGAUAACAAGGCAGGCUUGGAUGAAGCUAAAGAGAUUCUUAUGAAGAAAGAAGCUGCUUAUCCAAACUCUUCGCUGUUUAUGUUCUUCAAGGGACGAAUACAGAGAUUAGAGUGUCAGAUCAACAGUGCCUUGACUUCUUUCCAUACGGCUCUGGAACUUGCGAUAGAUCAGCGAGAAAUUCAACAUGUCUGUCUCUAUGAAAUUGGUUGGUGCAGUAUGAUAGAACUGAACUUUAAAGAUGCUUUCAAUUCCUUUGAAAGACUCAAAAACGAGUCAAGGUGGUCUCAAUGCUAUUAUGCAUAUUUAACUGCAGUUUGUCAGGGAGCCACUGGUGAUGUGGAUGGAGCACAGGUUGUAUUCAGAGAAGUACAGAGGCUUUUUAAAAGGAAAAACAACCAAAUUGAACAAUUCUCAGUCAAAAAGGCAGAGAGAUUUCGUAAGCAAAUACCAACCAAAGAACUUUGUGUGCUAGCAUCCAUUGAAGUGCUAUAUUUGUGGAAAGCCCUUCCAAAUUGUUCCUUUCCCAACCUGCAGAGAAUGAGCCAAGCUUGCCAUGAGGUUGAUGAUUCUUCUGCUAUUGGAUUAAAAAAUUUGCUUCUUGGUGCCAUACAUAAAUGUUUGGGAAAUUCAGAAGAUGCUAUUCAGUUCUUUCAGAGAGCUGUCAAAGAUGAGUUGUGCCGUCAGAAUAAUUUAUAUGUUCAACCAUAUGCUUGUUAUGAACUUGGCUGUCUCUUAUUGGAUAACCCAGAGACUGUGGCGAGAGGUAGAACUCUGCUUUUACAAGCAAAGGAGGAAUUCACUGGCUACGACUUUGAAAACAGAUUACAUGUCCGCAUCCAUGCCGCCUUAGCCUCUUUGAGGGAAGUGGUACCUCAGUGACAGACCAGAAGUCUUGAUUUGUUCCACAGUUUUCUACACUGGUAAAACACAUGCAGAAGAUUGAGCUAUUGGGAAGAUUGGCUUCAGCUUCUUCUGAAAACCACCCGUGCCAGAAAUACAUUUUUGGAGUUGGGCUGACACAUUAAAAAUCUCCUCUUCUAAACAAAUAACUUUUUAAAAACUAUAGAAAGAGUUGGUGAGAGGGUUAAGUGACCUUGUUCAAACAAUUUAGAUUUUUUCAUUUUCAUUUUUGUUUCUCAAGCUAAACAUAAAUAAUUAUUCAGGAAAAAUAAUUAUAAGCACACAGUUGACUUGAUCACAUUAACAAUUGUAUUAUUAAAAAGUAAAAUUCAUAAUCAUAUCACCACCUACAUUUGUUUUGCGCUUUGAAACAAUAAAAACACUUUUCAAUCUUUUUACUUUAUCUGUACAAUGUUCCUGUGAAAUAUAUAAAACAACAUCAUCCCAGUAUUAUAGAUGACAAGACGCAGAGACAGGGAGAUUUUUGACUUGGUCCAGGUUAUACAUUGAGUUAAUAUGAAGCAAGGUCUCCUGGUAUGAUUACCAUAUCAAACUCAUACUCUUUUGUUGGAAAAAAUUAUAACUUGGACCUCCAUGUUUUUCCUUAGAAAAAAGCCACAAUACUUUUUUAGCUCAUAUGAUACAAUCCAAAAUAAUUAAUUCUCCAGAUUUCAGUAUUUUUCAAAAUAGCAAAGACCAGAAUUCUUUUUCUCAAGACAACCAAAAAAAUAAGGAAAACAAAAAUUAAUUGUUAAGACAGGACUAUUUGUUUUAGCAAACUAAUUAAUAGGUUAUUCUUUUUUAUAAUUCCUUUUUAUUUUUCCAUAAACAAGCAAAGAUAGUUUUCAACAUUCA